AUGAGGCGCCUUAUUCUCCUUUUAGUAGUCGCAAUGGCAAGUUCAGAAGAAUUCUUUUUCCUCGGACAUGAAUUUUCCAGAACUCCACUGGGCGAUCGGAUAGACAAAGCGUCUGUAAAAAUGCUCAAGGAGACCUAUCUAUCAGCCACGGACUCUAAUGUAGUCACGUCGCCACUAGGAGCAUUACUACUUUUGUCGCUGUAUUCUUCUGGUGUACAGGGUAAGAGCAGAGAGGAAAUCAUACAGUUUCUUGGUUCAACUGAAUACAAGGAUCUAUUCGAUUCGUAUAGCCACCUAAGCAGCAGAUUUGCUUCAAUGGAUCCGAGUUACCUCACUCUCGCCAACAAAGUGUACGUGGCUAAAGGAUACACGCUGGCCGACGAGUUCACUAACACAGCCCGUUCAUACAACAGCGAAGUAGAUGCAAUCGACUUUCACGAUUUGAAGACAGCCGCACAAAUUAUUAAUCGAUGGGCCGAUGAAAAGUCAAAGGGCCAUAUUAAAGAUCCCGUAUCAGAAAGUCUUUUGGACCAAUCAGCAGCGGCCGCACUCUUCAACGUCAUAUUCUUUCAGGGUCACUGGCAUGUUCCUUUCCAAGCGGCAGAGACUGAGGAGAAGGACUUCCACGUGAAUAAGUCACUGGUCGUCAAGAAACCUAUGAUGCACUUACAGGAUUCCCUCUUCUACAAUGAGGACAGCGCAAUAGGUGCUAAGAUGAUCGAAUUGCCGUACCAAGAACCCGGUUUCCGUAUGGUCGUGAUACUGCCUAACGAAUUGGAUGGUCUGUCGUCAGUCCUGGAAAAGGUGGCCGAUAAGGGUCUUUUAGACGACGUGUUCGCUUUAAGCCCAGCGGGAAGGGAAAUCAACUUGUACUUACCCAAAUUCGAAAUCAGGAGUAAGCUGGACUUCACUCAGAUAUUGCCUAAGCUGGGUGUGAGCGGAAUAUUCAGUGAUGGAGCUCCGGGAGUAGUAAAGGAGCGCGACGUUAUCGUCUCGAAAUUUUUCCAAGAAGCCAUUGUAAAGGUCGACGAAGAAGGUGCUACUGCGGGAGCAUUUACUGGAGCCAUUCCAGUGCCCAUGUCUUCCAAUUCUAAACCACCGAAGCCUAUGGACUUUAUAGUUGACCAUCCUUUCUUGUUUGCUAUUCUACAUGAAGAUGUGAUACUCUUUACUGUCGCGACGGCGAGUUCGAAAGAAUUCUUUUUUCCCAGCCAUGAAUUUUCCAGAACUCCACUGGGUGAUCGGAUAGAUAAAGCGUCUGUGAAAAUGCUCAAGGAGACCUAUCUAUCAGCCACGGACUCUAAUAUAGUCACAUCGCCACUAGGAGCACUCCUACUUCUGUCGCUGUAUUCUGCUGGUGCCCAGGGCAAAAGCAGAGAGGAAAUCAUGCAGUUUCUUGGUUCAACCGAUUACAAUGAGCUAUUCGAUUCGUAUAGCCACCUAAGCAGCAGAUUUGCUUCAAUGGAUCCGAGUUACAUCACUCUCGCCAACAAAGUGUACGUGGCUAAAGGAUACACGCUGGCCGACGAGUUCACUAACACAGCCCGUUCUUACGACAGCGAAGUAGAUGCAAUCGACUUUCAAGAUCAGAAGACAGCCGCACAAAUUAUUAAUCGAUGGGCCCAUGAAAAGUCGGAGGGACAUAUUAAAGAUCCCGUAUCAGAAAGCCUCUUGGAGAAAUCAGCAGCGGCCGCGCUCUUCAACGUCAUAUUCUUUCAGGGUCACUGGCAUGUUCCUUUCCAAGCAACAGAGACUGAGGAGAAAGACUUCCACGUGAAUAGGUCGCUGGUCGUCAAGAAACCUAUGAUGCACUUACGGGAUUCCCUCUUCUACAAUGAGGACAACUCAAUAGGUGCUAAGAUGAUUGAAUUGCCGUACCAAGAAUUCGGUUUUCGUAUGGUCGUGAUACUGCCUAACGAAUUGGACGGUCUGUCGUCAGUCCUGGAAAAGGUGGCCGAGAAGGGUCUUUUAGACGACGUGUUCGCUUUAAGCCCAGCGGGAAGGAUAAUCAACUUGUACUUGCCCAAAUUCGAAAUUAAGAGUAAGCUGGACUUCACUCAGAUAUUGCCUAAGCUGGGUGUGAGCGGAAUAUUCAGUGAUGGAGCUCCGGGAAUAGUAAAGGAGCAUGAAGUUACCGUAUCGAAAUUUUUCCAAGAGGCCAUUGUAAAAGUCGACGAAGAAGGUGCUACUGCGGGAGCAUUUACUGGAGCCGUCCUAGUGCCAACGUCUUUAAACUCUAAACCACCGAAGCCUAUGGACUUUAUAGUUGACCAUCCUUUCUUGUUUGCUAUUCUACAUGAAGAUGUGAUACUCUUUACUGGUAUCUAUACUCAUUAA